CAUGGGCCCAUGUAAUUAAAAUAGUGUAAUUUGAAAUUACUGAUGUGUUCUCGGGAAGAUCAAUAUAUAAUUAGAAAGAAGGCUCUGCGCCGACGGCGUAGAAGACGAUGCGUCUCUUGUCGUCGCCGAUAAAUCGAGGCUUCUUCGACUAUGUUGAACUCUAUCCAUCGCUCGUUUCAUCUUACUUCCCGCCACCAGAUCGUCCUUCGGCUGUGCUCUCCGUCGGCGAGUAGGACGAUAAUGAGUUCUUCUCCUCACUCUCCGAUCCCAAAGACGCAUGUGAGUGAUCGUUUUCGCAUUCUCUAGACUAUUAUCUUUCAACCUAGUUUCGCUGAUUUUGAACCAUUUUUACUAUGCCGCUGAUCGCAUGAAUUUGAUUGGAAAAAAAUGCUCUCAUGCUUUCAUAGUUUAUAUUCAAUUUCCAGUGGCAUACCAUAUCAAGUACUGUUGUUUAGAGAUUAUGAACUCUCCAUUGGCUCCCAGUGAUUUUCCUAUGAUCAAAGCAUAAUCGUGGCGGUAUCUAAAGGACACGUUAUGUUAAUUCUGUUAAGCAGACUGCAUCGCUUGACUCACUUAAUGAUUAUGAAGAGCAAUUUCCACCACUUACUGGUGGCUCUAAGACGAAGAAGUUUUAUCUUGGUUCUACCAAUCCUUCUACUCCAUGUCAAAGUUCACAGCUUCAAAACUGGACAAGCGGUAAGGAUGCUUUGUCUUUGCAGAGGAAUUUGGGAUGUAAGAAUAGGAGGAGGAGACGGGCUUCACGGUUUUUACAUGAAGAAUCCAAUGGGACAACUUUUGAGGUUGGCGCUGGUAUUGGCUCUCCAACAAGUAUGGUUCAUUUUGAUUCUACCAACCCUUCUUCUUCUAGUAAAAGUUCACAAUCUCAAAAUUUGAAAAUCCGCAAGGUUAGGAAUCACAGGAAUUCUGGAUUCAAGAGUAGGGAUCAAAGUCCUCAGAGGAUAAAGGAUCCUCCGCCUUUCGACAUAUGUUCUUCAGUCCUCGAAAGAAAUGAUACAAGUAUAAAAGAUUGGAUUUUGGCGGAUGAAACAAACAGAGAAACUGUUGAAGUUAGUAAUAAACACAAAGUUAUAAGGCCUGGAAUGGUGCUUCUUAAAGACUUCCUUACGCCUGAUAUACAGGUUGACAUUGUGAAAACAUGCCGAGAACUUGGUGUUAAGCCCACAGGAUUUUACCAACCGGGGUAUAGUGUUGGUUCAAAGCUUCAUCUGCAAAUGAUGUGCCUUGGGCGAAACUGGGAUCCUCAGACUAAAUACAGGAAAAACACUGACAUUGAUAGUAAAGCACCAGAGAUCCCUGUCACAUUUAAUGUCUUGGUAGAAAAGGCGAUCCGAGAGGCACAUGCUCUCAUAGAUAGAGAAUCAGGAACAGAAGAUGCGGAGAGGAUACUUCCAGUGAUGUCACCAGACAUUUGCAUAGUCAAUUUCUACUCAGAAACUGGAAGACUUGGUCUCCAUCAGGACCGUGACGAAAGCGAAGAGAGUAUAGCAAGAGGGUUGCCGAUAGUGUCCUUCUCCAUAGGUGAUUCUGCAGAGUUCUUGUACGGAGAGAAGAGAGACGUAGAAGAAGCUCAAGGAGUGAUAUUAGAAUCAGGAGAUGUGUUAAUAUUCGGGGGAGAAUCGCGAAUGAUCUUCCAUGGCGUCAAGUCAAUCAUACCAAACUCAGCUCCCAUGUCUCUACUCAACGAGUCCAAGCUCCGAACAGGACGUCUCAAUCUUACUUUUAGGCAUUUCUAAUCAUCUUUCAAUUUUAUCAAAUAUAUAAAGAAUUAUUGAAAAAAUAAGUAAACCCUAAAUUUGAAGAAUUUCUCUUUAUUAAUUUUAAAAAUACAUAAAAAUCCAAAAUCUCAAAAUAAAAUGAAAAGAAAUCGUUGAAUAAUUUUGCUGUAAUUUAGGUGAAAUAAAAAUAUAGAUGUGCAACAUUAUUUUCCUUAAAUUUAUGUAUAUUGAAAAAGAAACAAAUUUUGUUGAUUUCCCAGGUGGUAUAUAUUACUAUCAUUAAUU